GUUCGUUUGCUGGUCAAUGUUCAUGUCAAUCUGCUUACAAUCCGUCGAAAUAGAGAUUGAAUACCUAUGACGUAAUUUUCUGCAUAACCGCCAAUGAAUGACUUCGAAAUGUUACUCUGUGCGUCACCAACUGCUCCUGCAGAUCGAUUUUGAUUGGUCAAGCGUUUAGUUGCUGCCAGCAAAAACGUUGUGCGCCUUCUUGAACACCAAGGCCCUAUUUGAACACUGAUAGCACUUUUUGGCGGCAAAUCAAAAUCUUGCACAAAUGUGCACACACGAAUGAGAAUGCAAUGCAAUAUUUCAUCAAAUAACAUUAUUACAAAUAAAUUGUAAUACUGAUACUUUACUGAAUUGUGGCAUAUUGCCAAUGUGAAUACCUGUAUUAGUUGUCAGAGGUCGCCUGUUUCAUAGAAGUUCCUCCGGGCGACUGCCGUGAUGUCCAGUCGCCGAACACGAGGGCGUGCCGUCGACUACCGAGCCCUCGCCGAUGGCGCCGACAGCGACGAUGAUUUUACCGUGCCGACUCCUCCGACGAAGCGUCCGCGGUGUCAGAAGGCCAGUGAGCGGGCUGCCGAGUUUGCGGACGGCGCGGGACCGUCGCACAUGCGCGUCUCGCUGGACGACAAACUCUACCAGAAACAGCUAAGAAUCGCCUUAGAAAGAUCUCGAAACGACUGUAAGGAUUCCUCAGAUUCGUCGUCCCAGGAAAGAAGUGUCAAGUCUGCAGAUACAUUGCCUGUCUCAGAAGCUGAAAUGUCACAAGGCCCCGAUACAGAAAUCGAGGAUGAGAUUACCACUACGAAAUGCUCUCCUGACCACGACAAGUGGACAGCCAGCGGAAGCAGCUCAUCGGACGAGUCGGAGAGCGACUACACGGCAGAGUUAUCCGACGAUGAAUUCAAGCCACAACCGAAAAAGGUAGCGAAGAAACCCGCUAAGGCCACGGCCAAAAAACAAUCGACACCCAAAGCUAAGCCGACAAAGCAGCGUUCGCCCGUCACGAAGCGCCAAGUAUCGCCUCGCGCUCCCCCGCGGUCCGACGGUCCGCCGCAGCUGAAGGCCAUCAGUCCAGUCAAGAACUCUCCGGCGUCCGAGGGACCGCCGCCUCUGACCAGGCCGGUCCUGAAAGCGGUCAACUCGUCAGCGAUCGACAACUCGUCAAGAACUCCAGACAUGACCAGAGCGGUAGCAUCCAAGCUUCACGACAAAAAUCCGUCGACUCCGUCACCCUCAUCGGGACGGACCGGGCCGAAAUGGAAACCUCCAGCUCGAAUAUCGGAGGGCAGCGGGUCAGCGCGGCGGCUCGACUCUCCCUCCGGCGGCGCCCUCCGUCGCCUGGGCCUCUCCCGGAACGUGCGGCUCAAGUCGCUUCAUCCGUCGGCCAAACCCGUCAUUUAGUUGUGCGAUGCGUAUGUACGGUAAGAGUGGUUCCGUUCAUGUUCGCUGUGUUUUUGGGAUGUGGCAUGCAUAUUUUCGUCUCAUGUCAUUCAUGCUGUCAAUGUGUGGUCAUUUCCUUGACGCUUACGUAUAUAGAUGAUUGCCUGCUUAAUGGCACGCGACGAGCGCUUGAAGACGAGAGUCGAGACAACAGUUCAGCGUAUCUUUUCAUUUCCUCUUGUGCUGUCUUUUACGUACAGUGCUCACGCUCACGUAAAAACUGAUUGUCAAACUUCCGGUAGUAUUCAAACUCAUGUUUAGACACCACUGUGGGCAACUGAACUGAACUUUCGUUUGACAGCAUGCACAUUGCAUAUAACGUUACACUAUCGAUUCAUGCAUAUCUCAGUGUCUUCAUAUUAUGUUUGUACUCAGUGGUAAGUAAUGUGACUGAUUUGAAGGACCAUGAGCCUCAUGAAGGACCAUGUGCUGCGUGCCUUCCGUCAAAUCUAAUACAUCCUUAAAAGAUC